AUGACGACUAACUUGCAUGGGAAUGAGUCCUCCAAAAGAGUCAUGCGAAUUGCAGGAAUAUCUGGUGGUGUCUUCGAUCGUUUUAGAGCCAUGGGAGAUCUUGCUAAGGAUCCUAGUAUCGAUGUACUCUUUGGCGACUGGAUAUCAGAGAUCAGUAUGACAUUCCGUGGUAACGAACGUGCAUCUCGAGAACCAGAAGCUGAGCGGCUAGCUUUUGAGAUGAGCUUCGUUGCAGCCCUCAAACCCGCAAUUAAAUACAUUGCACAAAAUAAACAGAAAGUUGCGGUGAACGCGGGAUCAUGUGAUCCAGAAGCAAUGGCGAAUAUUGUUCAGCAGCUGGUCAAAGACUAUGGAACAGACUUGAAAGUCUCGUGGGUAACUGGGGAUGAUGUGACAGAGCAAUUUAAAGAGAUGCUGAAGGAUGGAGAGAGGUUUCUUUCUCUACCUUCAGACACUCCGAUCGACCAGUGGGGUGCAGAGCCGGUUUGCGCCCAAGCAUACUUAGGGGGUGUUGGUAUUGCCGAAGCUCUUCGUCGCGGAGCGGACAUUGUCAUAUGUGGGCGUGUAGCAGAUGCUGCGCCGGUAGUUGGAGCUGCAAUGUGGUUCCAUAAUUGGGAUCGAGAAGACUUCACACAGCUCUCAUAUGCCCUCGUCGCAGGCCAUCUCCUUGAGUGCAGCUCGUACAUCACAGGUGGUUACUACACUGGUUUCAAGAAGGAACUUUUAUAUGCGAAAAACUGUACGAACUGCGGAUUUCCGAUCGGAGAGAUUGAGGCUGACGGGCAAUUCGUGAUCACGAAAGAGGAGAAUGCGGGUGGAAUAGUGAACGUGCAAACCGUUACUGCCCAGUUACUAUACGAGAUCCAAGGCCCUCUAUACUACAACUCAGAUGUUACAGCGCGGUUUGAUAGGAUCAAGUUGGUUCAAGAGGCUCCGAAUCGAGUUCGGGUUACAGGUGUGACCGGCUCUCCGCCUCCCCCAACAACAAAGAUCGGCAUCACUGCGAAAGGAGGCUGGCAAGCCGAAGUCCACUUCUUCCUGACAGGGCUCGAUAUCGAAGAGAAAGCCGAGCUCAUAGAACGACAGACCCUCGAGUCAAUGGGCGACUACCGGAAAGAGUUCCAAACGCUGGUCUUUAAUAUCACUGGCUCCAUUCCUGUAAAUCCCAAGAAUCAAGCUAGUGCCACAGUUGACCUUCGAAUCUUCGCUCAAAGCAAGAACCCGGAUUUAAUGUCAGCUGGAGCACACAAAGGUGUGGCUCCCGACACACCCUCGUUUGGGAAGUGGUGUAUAGAGAAUUGCCUUCAAGGAUAUCCGGGUGGCACUCCCGCAAUGGAUCUUCGGCAAAGCAUUGGGAAGCCGUUCUUUGAGUAUUGGGUCGCACUUUUCCCACAGAAUAAGAUCAAUCACGAACUUCAUACCUUCGAUGGGAAAACCAUUUCGAUUCCCGCUCCGACAAACACGAAUGUAUACCCACGGCAGCAAGACUCCUACGACACUCCCUCUCCAUUACCGCUAGAUUCAUGGGGUGAAACUGUGCUCGCCCCCCUUGGACACAUCGUCCAUGGGCGAUCUGGUGACAAAUCGUCAGACUGCAACCUCGGCUUGUUUGUACGGCAUGCCGAUGAAUGGGACUGGCUCCGGUCGCUUCUUUCUAUUGGCAAGUUACGCGAACUUCUCGAAGAUGAGGAUAAAGGCAAGAAUAUUGAUCGAUUCGAAAUACCAGCUUUAUACGCGGUCCACUUUCUGUUGCGGGACCAUUUAGACCGAGGGGCGAAUUCGAGUAGCUCCUAUGAUAUCUUGGGGAAGAAUGUUUGCGAGUACGUUCGUUGUAAAUUGGUUGAUAUACCAAAGGUGUUUUAUGACCGUGGCACCAUCUAG